CUCAGCUUCCCCACCAUCGGAGAAAACCGCAGGCAUAAUUUCUUGGUCAUCGCACAAUCAACUUCAAUUCAGUUCCGAAUCCCCGUCGGAGGAGCGGCCGGCAUCGCCAAUGGAGGCCCUUUCCUGGGUCGGAUGCUUCACCACCAGCUCCACCUCCCGCCUCCCCAGAGCCCUCCCGGUUCGCCGUCGCCGGAGAGCGGUUUUCACGCCGACGCCGCCGCUGUCGGCCCUGAGAGCAAGCGCCGGGCUAGUCGGUGAACUAGUCGAGGAGGAGACACUGAAAACGUUCUUGAAGGAAAGACAAUUGAGUGGGGAUUUCAUCUCCAAGGCUUCUGAUCUCCUUUGGCAAAGGGAGGCCCUGAAACUUGUCGAACCGGAUGUUGGGAUGCUUCCUGAUAGUCCUCAAGAGCCAGACCAGGUCGUUGAAAAUGACGAUGAUGGUGGGUUCUUGAAACUGUCAAAAACCAAUGAAUGGAUCUCAGGUGACAACUCUGCACCACUGAACAAGAAAGUCAUUGCUAAGGCAUUGCAGGAUGAUAGUGAAAAGAGGAGGAAGUUAAACCUACUCCAAUAUGAAGCUUUGAAGAGGGAAUUGAUGCUCUUAUCCAUUGGUAUUGGAACUGCGUGCACUGGAUACUGUUUGAUAGUUUUGUCAAUUCAGGCUGCUAUCAGUUAUGCUGUGGGAGUUCUUUUCAGUUGCUUGUACCUUCAGCUCUUGUGCCAGCAUGCAGACAACUUAUCCAGGGAAAUGAUUCCUCAGAUUUACAGGAAGAAGAAAUUGAAAAAAAUCGGAAUACGAAGUGAGGAUCUAAGUGAUUCAUUGGAGAGAACAAUUAAAGGAAGCACUAUGGUUCUUUCAUCUCCGAGGCUUGUAAUUCCUGCCGCCAUAUAUGGAUUAUGGGUCUUUUCUCAUCGGUAUAUUGGCAGUGACUUCUUUGACUUCCAGCUUGUUCCGGCCAUGCUUGGGAUGUUUGUAUAUAAAGCUGCCGCACUGGUUCAAGUUUAUCGAGAUAAUGAGGACCUUCGGCUUGUGUUUCCAGAGAACGAGGAAGGUUCAAGCUACUAAAUGCGAUGAUCUCAGACUCAGACUCCGCAUUUCCAGGGCACUUUGUCUGCCCAUUCACUACCCUACUCUCAAUGGAUGAAAUCAAAAUACUAUGGUGAUUCACAAGGUCAGCGAUGCACAAAGAUCGAUACUCUUGAUAUCCAUUGCUGACUUGCCUUUUAAGUUGACUGAAGAAGAUUCAAGCGGGCGAAGCUCAUUCGUGCUGUCACCUUCUAAGCUAUUUGAAUGUGAGCAGUACGAGUGCUCUGCAUCUAAUUUCAAGUCAAUUUCGUGAUCCUAGUUGGAAAGGGCUCAGCACUGUCUUGCUCGACUGGAGAAAGACUUCCAAGUAGCAGCAGAGCUUUUUGAUAAUUCUUUGCUCGGGCUCAGCUGUUUUAUUAGAUUAGCUCUAGAAUGAGAUAUGUGCUCUAAAGAUGUAUUUAGAAAUCUUUUCUCAUGCCAUUAAAGAUGAAAACGAGAAGAUUUAUGGUUGUUGUGAGUCCAGUAUAACGAACUAUUUUUGGGGAAAAAGUACUCUAUUCAA